AUGACGAUAUUAGGCUCUGAGUUCAUUCUAGUCGCGGCUAUGGGACAAUGGUCAUCCGCGCGCUCCUCUGUUCUGAAAUUUCAUGCCGCCGGUCACUCGGAUUGGACUUUGACACACGCCUUCUUUGCCGAUAUGGGAGGGAUUUUGGUCGAUCCCCUAGAGACAGACAUGCCAUCAUUCCCGUUGAAUGCAGAGCAGCUUUUCAUCUUGAUUGAAUCGAAACAUAUUGAUUAUCCGAAAUUGGAACAAGAUGAUAUAAAGGAUAGAAGUAAAUCAGAUGGAUUGGCUAGGUUGAUUGCCAUAGCUCAGGGUCUCUGGUUCUUCGUGAACUGUAUGGUGCGCUUCGCCCAAGGCAUCUUCGUGACUACCCUUGAGCUUACUACAAUCUCCUUUAUUCUGGUCUUUUUAGUGACAUCAUACAGUUGGUAUUACAAACCAAUGGAUGUCAAUAGACCAAUCACUUUGAAGCUCAAUACCCCCUUAGAUGAAAUUCGAAGCGCUUACGGCCAAGCCCCCGGGUCAAAGUGGUACAUUACACCACUUGAUUUCCUCACACGAGACGAGUGGUUCCUGAGUCGAUUUUGGAAAUACUACACUCAGAUUCUUCACCAUAUGCACAUACCGCUGUUCACUCGACCUAAGCGAAGACCAUACGAUUUUGUUCCGAGUCAUGAUAUCAAAAAUAUGGAUAUCCGAGCUGAAAUAAUCUGUGGACCGAUAAUUCUUCUGUUCAGCGCUAUGUUUCUUAUAGCAUGGAAUUUUCACUUCCCCACCCCGACAGAACAGUUACUCUGGCGUAUUGCUAGCGUGAACACCCUAGUAUAUGGGCUUUUUGGAGGUGCCCUUGCCGGAUAUAUUCACAAAACAAUGUUCAGAAAAGAGUUGGAGGCGACAAAGAGACAGCGUAUGACCGAAAAGAACAGAAAGCCCCAUGGGUGCAUUGGCCGUCUUGCCGCGAAAUUACGGAAUAUCGAUCCGGAGCAAGAUCCAGAUCUGGAAAUCCCCAUCCGGGUAUUCUUUCCAAUUUCCGCUCUUUGUGUUCUAUAUUCUCUGAGUCGGGGAUUCAUCUUGGUGGAAGACAUUAUCGGGUUGAGAAAUUUGCCCGAGAGUGCGUUCCAGACCAUCUCAUGGUCAACAUACAUACCUCACUGGUAG